AUGAAGACUGACAAAGUUGAUGUUGUCCAAAGGAGGGUUAACCUUAUGGAAAAGGAAGGUGUGAAUUUUGUGGUCUAUGUUAAUGUAGGAAAAGAUCCUUUUUACUCAUUGGAUCGGCUUCGCCAGGAGAAUGAUGCUAUUGUUUUGGCGGACCUCCCUGUUCCUGGGCGCGAACUCACUGGAGUCCAUUUUGAUAUGGAGUUUCUUCACGCCAAUACUAAAAGCUUGCUUGAUAGCAAUCAUCAGGACGGUAAAUACAUCUCUGCAAAGGGCAAGAAGGUAGUGGUAAUUGGUGGAGGUGACACCGGCACAGAUUGUAUUGGGACAUCUAUCCGUCACAGUUGCAGUAGUAUUGUUAAUUUAGAGCUUCUCCCUGAGCCGCCACGAACCAGGGCUCCUGGCAACCCUUGGCCACAGUGGCCUCGCAUAUUCCGCAUAGAUUAUGGACACCAGGAAGCUGCUGCCAAAUUUGGCAAAGACCCAAAGUCCUAUGAGGUAUUGACUAAGCGGUUUGUUGGAGAUGAGAAUGGGGUUGUGAAAGGAUUGGAAGUGGUCCACGUCCACUGGGAGAAGGAUGCUAGGGGGAAGUUUCAAUUUAAGGAAGUUGAGGGCUCUGAGGAGAUGAUUGAGGCUGAUCUAGUUCUUUUAGCAAUGGGUUAUUUGAUGGUAGGAGACAAACUGGGCUUGGAGAAAGACAAUAGAUCAAACUUCAAGGCCGAAUAUGGUCGCUUCUCGACGAAUGUGGAAGGGGUCUUCGCCGCAGGGGAUUGCCGCCGUGGCCAAUCUCUGGUGGUAUGGGCAAUCUCAGAAGGCCGGCAGGCUGCUUCUCAGGUCGACAACUAUCUCACAAGAGAUGAAAAAGACUUAAGUACCAGUCCCGGGCGACAAGACGACAGCGUUCAUAGGCAGCAAGACAGCAGCAAACUGACAGAGCUUCAUCACCAAGUUAUGAAUCAACAGGAGCUUUAUCAUCAAGCUAGAAAGGAUUCGAGAAGUCGCAGAGAGGGGGGUGGAAUUUGUGGGGUUGAGUGCGCCGCCGGUCUCCCUCUGUGGACCGAGGGAGAGUUCUCUUCUAGCGGCGGCGAGCAAUCUGGGCCGUCUAUUCCAUCAGCAAUCGAGCUUUCCAAGCCUCCAAAGAUUCGACUUCUUGCUCUUCGACGCAGCAAAAACAAUCUCAUCAAGAAAACCCCAAGGAACCAGAAGGUGAGGUGUCGGAAAACUCAGAGAAGGUCGAAAGUGAAGACGAUGGUGCUCGCAAUGGCGAUGCUGAAGAUGAGGAUAUGAGGACAGUGAUGGCGUUCAAGUGAAUAAAGAGACAGGUGAGAUCGGAGGUCCCAGA